AUGAUAGAUAUAAACGAACGUCACGUUUGGGCAACGGCACGUGUACACGCGUCUAUCUGCUUAUAUCAAUGGCUAACAAUGUCUAUCUCAGGUAUUUUCCCUCCCAUUCCCAGUCUUUUCAUAUCUAUCUAUCUAUCUAUCUAUCUAUCUAUCUAUCUAUCUAUCUAUCACAUUCGAUUUAUAUCUACGAAUCUUCGAUUCAUAUCUACCAAUCUGCUCAUAUCUAUCAAUGAAUCUCAGCCUAUUCAUAUCUAUCUAUCUAUCUAUCUAUCUAUCUAUCUAUCUAUCUAUCUAUCUAUCAGCCUGUUUAUAUCUAUCUAUCUAUACCAGUCUGUUCCUAUCUAUCUAUCUAUCUAUCUAUCUAUCUAUCUCAGUCUGUUCAUAUCUAUCAUCUAUCUAUUAUCUAUCUAUCUAUCUAUCUAUCUAUCUAUCUAUCUAUCUAUCUAUCUCAGUCUGUUUAUAUCUAUCUAUCUAUACCAGUCUGUUCCUAUUCAUCUAUCUAUCUAUCUAUCUAUCUAUCUAUCUAUCUAUCUAUCUCAGUCUCUUCGUAUCUAUCUAUCUAUCUAUCUGCUCGUCAGAAAAUCUAUCUUAAUUGACUUAUUCACAUUAUUAGCAACUGACUGA